AUGAUCGAUAUAAAAGCCUCACUCAUGCAAGACUCAUCAGCAAAGGCUGAUAGUUGUACGGUGGGCAUUUGUGGCGGUCGUGGCGGCGUCCGGCUGGGCGAUGCCAGCUCCUUUGGGGACGCAACAACGGAGGGGAGAUACAGCUCAUUUUCAGGCCGUGGAGCCAGCGCCAGGGUGGUGGCAGAGGAGGCAACGGAGAAGGUUAUGGUUCCAACGGACAGGGGAAUGGAGUCAGCAGUGGUGGCUAUGGUUAAAGGAGGGGAAGUGGAGGCUAUGGUUCUAACGGAGGGGGAAAUGGAGGCAAUGGAGGAGGUUAUGGUUCCACGGAGGGGGAAAUGGUCACGGAGGGGGGAAGGAGGCAAUGGCGGAAGAUAUGGCGGGGGAAACGGAUGCAACGGUGGCGGUUACAGUUUCCAACAGAGGGGGAAAUGUAAUAACGGAGGAGGGUAUGGUUCAGUGGUGGCGGGAAAUGGAAGCAACAGAGCCGGAAGUUACAGUGGCUUAACGGAGGUUCUGGCGACGGUAACCAAAAUGGCGUAG